AUGGUCCAGCAUCUCUUUAAGCAUGCUCAGUUGAUUGCAGCUUCCUAUGGAAGCAUCGUGUGUGUCUUUGAGCCCGUUCAGCCCCCAGAUCAGAAGGACACAUCGCCGCCUAAGUUGAACUGCCAGUGGCAGAAGACUGGUCAAUUUGUGUUGAAGUCUAUGGUACGGAACCUGGCCUGGCACCCCACAGGCAGCACCCUCCUAACAGGCUCGAGUAGCCUCCAGUUGUGGUCUCAUAUAGAUGAAGUGAACGAUGAAGCUGAAGAAGAAGGAGGAAGGCAGAAAGAGAUGACCAUAGGAGACUUUCUUUCAGCCUGGAGGUGCAUCUGGGAGAGCAAGACAGCCUCUCCAGUGAGUUUAAUGAAGUUCUCUCCUGAUGGGGAAUUCUUUGCUACUGCUGGACAGGAUGACUGCCUGGUAAAGGUCUGGUACAGCACCGGUAAGUGGAAGUUGGGUGUUUCCAGACUCUUCACACCUCCAGAGUCCAGUGACAGUUUCCAGGCAGAGCUGGCCUUCUCCUUUGUGUACCUGGCCCACCCCCGCUCUGUAACAGGCUUCUCCUGGAGGAAGACCAGCAAGUACAUGCCACGAGGUGCAGUGUGUACUGUUCUGCUCACCUGCUGUAAGGACAGCGUGUGUCGGCUCUGGGCAGAGACGCUGUUGCCGGGUGACAGCCUCCUCUCAGGUUACCACAGCAACCACACUUCUGGCCAACACAAUGACACACCCAGAUCUGCUGGCCCUUCUUGGAAAAACGCCUGCAAUGGGAAGUCGCAAGGAAAAAUGGCACAGGGAGUAAGUUAA